AGAGAGAUUGGCAGAUUGCAAAGCCAUUUGCACGGCAUCCUUAAUUCAUUUUCUGUGCCUGUCAAUUGCAGCAAGGUCACAUGAACACACCAAACCCCCUCCAUAAAUUAAUCACAGGCCACAGGGCACUGGCCCUACCCUCUCUCCAUGAUGCAUGUUCCGUUGCUCUCUCUCUCUCUCUCUCUCUCCCUGUCAUGGACGGAUGGACCAGAGCCUAGUAGUAGUAGCUCGUAAGCACGCUGGUACUACAAAAGACGGCAUCAUUUUUUUGGCCACCUCCUCCUUGUCUGCCUCCUUUCUCUUCUCAUCCUCUCCCAUUGAGCUGAGAAGUUGGAGCCAAGAACACGACCAGUGAUGUAGAGGAAACAUCACAAAAGAAUCUCAGGAAAAAAAAACCUUUCCAUGCCGUGAGAUUCUCCUGCAAGCUAGCCCAAUCAAGGGAACAACCAGUUUUUGAGAAGUUCCUCUUGAUACUACUCGAUCUGCUUCUCUCCCUUAAUUUAACACUCCUUUCAGUGUAUUACUCUAGUCUGGUAACUGUAGGAAUAGAUCGCGAGGCAAGAAGUCCAGGAAAAUUUCUAUCUUGUUGAGUUGCCGAGUUGUUUCGUUGUUUAGUCUACUGAGCAGAGGUCACAGACUCAAGAACCACCUAGUGAGAUCUUGUUAUACUUCAUUCGCGUCAUUCUGCUGUCAAUUUCCCCCCUCAAACACAAAAGGAAAGAUUUAGAAGAAGCCGAGUCUCGCCGGCGAUGGCGGCGGCGUUGGAGUGCUGGUCGGGGCGGCCGAGCACCGACGAGGAGAUGGUGGAGCAGGUUCUCAUGAAGCCCCACGUCCGCUCGGACGAUUCUCUCCCCACCUGCGCCGACUCAGCCUUCGCCGCCGGCGAGCCGACGUCGGCGCAGGCGGCGCCGAAGAAGUGGCAACGGCUGGGGCGCAACUUCGCCGGCGCCAUCGCGGCAUUCAAGAACUCGCUGAACCUGGAUAACGGCGGCCUUCCUCGCGACCCCUCGCCGCGCGCCGUCGGUGAGAGGCCGCCGCUCCUCGUCCGCGGCUUCCAACAGCUCUACUCCCGCGGCGGCGCCACCCAGCAGCUCCCGGAGAAGCUUGUUGCUGACCUCCGCCGCCACUUCGACGCUCUCCCUAACAGCUAUGCACAGGCUGGAUUUGACAUGAAAGAUGUGCUCUUGCAUGCCCGUCUUGUAGAGCAGACGGCUGGUGAGGAUCAGCCUGCAGUGAGUAUUGAGGAAGUUCCUGGAAGCAAUGGCAGAGGAGGUGCCACUGAAGGCACUGUUUUUCAGCUAACUUUUGCCUGCAAUGCGCCACUUUCAUGGCAGUCAAUGUCAGGCUCACUUGAUAGCCCUUCAUUUUGUUGCAAAAGGAUCCAGAUCUUUGAGAAGAGGGGGUUGACACUUGGUGUUGUACUGAUAAUUGUGCAGUCUGGGAACGAAGCACUCUUCAAGAACCGGGUCGAUGCUGCACUGAAAUCAGCCAUGAAGAAGCAGCGGAAGAACAGCGGUGGUGUUAAGCUACCAUUUGGGCUCUGUGGUUGUCAAGAAGAGGGUUCAAGAAAUUUUGAUGAGGAAUCUAUGUUUGAUCCAGAUGAUGGUCAGGUUCUUGACAAUGACCAAACUCACAGGCCACAGCUGCCUACUCCUCUACCACAAUCAUCAGUGUUUGUCUCCAUAGACGAGUGGCAAACCAUUCGAUCUGGUGGUGAGGAGCUUGGCCGCUGGAUGCUGAGCUCUGAGGAAAUUGAGUUUAUAGAUUGGGUCGGUCCAAGUUCAUUCAAGGGAGUUUAUAGGGGAAGGAAGGUUUGGGUCAACAAAAUGAGGGGAUGUGACAUGGGAAGUGCUUAUGAUGUUGAAAUCCGUCAAGACUUGUUACAGUUGAUGAGCUGUGGUCAGAGGAACAUCCUCCAAUUCCAUGGAAUUUGCUUCAACGAGAACCAUGGGCUCUGCAUAGUGACAAGGAUGAUGGAAGGAGGAUCUGUUCAUGAUAUCAUUAUGCAGAAAAGCAAGAGAUUGUCACUCCGCGACAUUCUAAGGAUUGCUCUUGAUGUUGCUGAGGGUCUGGCCUUCAUGAACAGCUAUGCCAUUGCCUAUCGUGAUCUUAAUGCUCGGAGGAUCCUGCUCGACAGGCAAGGAAAUGCAUGCCUUGGGGAUAUGGGCAUUGUUACCCCUUGUAAUAAUGCUGGUGAGGUCACCGAGUAUGAGACUUCUGGCUAUCGAUGGCUAGCUCCUGAGAUCAUUGCCGGAGACCCUGAAAGCGUGUCGGAGUCCUGGAUGAGCAACGUCUACAGCUACGGAAUGGUGCUAUGGGAGAUGGUCACAGGGGAGGAGGCAUACUCCACAUACUCCCCGGUGCAAGCGGCGGUGGGGAUCGCUGCCUGCGGUCUGAGGCCAGAGAUACCAAGAGACUGUCCUCAUUUCCUCAGGUCACUGAUGACCAGGUGCUGGGAAAACAACCCUCUGAAGCGCCCUCAGUUUUCAGAGAUCAUUUCCAUUCUGCAAAAGCAGAAUAUCAGAUAGCUUUUCUUCUUCUUCUUUUCCUAUGCUACACAGUAUCUGCUUUUGUCUGGCUGUUUGCCCAACUAUGCAGGGAACUGCAUACGAGAGAAUAUAUAUAUGUGCAAAGGCUUGUUAUAUUGCU